CAUGAAGGGUUGAACGUGUUACCAUCGCCCGCGCAAAACACAUGCCCUCGAGCGACACCCGAGGCCACGAUGUCUUCCAAAGGUCCUCAUUACACCAUCAUCCAAGCCGAUGGACUGUAUCCGGCACGUUCCUUGUUUGCUACCCAAAGUGACGAUGUCUUGGAACGUAGCGUCUUCGCUCCUUUGCUAGCUCAAUCAUAUACUUUUGAUUAUACACAGUGCAAUCUGUGGCCCAAUGGGCUUGAAACGCCCAAGCCAUGGUCGACUAUAGCGCCCGAUCUGCGCGCUCGGAUCCAAGGCAUCAUGGUGUUGAAAAUGUCGUUCAGUGCCGAGGAUAUCAAGCUUUUUCCAUCUCUGAAAGUCAUUGUCCGAAUGGGUGUAGGAUACGACCGUUUAGACCGCGAGGCUUUAGCACGAAGACGCAUCACUGUGUGUAACGUCCCAGACUAUGGCACAGCAGAGGUUGCUGAUCAUGCUCUUGCCCUGGCUUUGACUCUGCGACGUGGAGUUUUACUGCAUCAUGAUCAUCAACGCGCUACACCGCCAUCGCCAUGGAUGCACAUCAGCACACCACUGGUUGCGCGGUUGGACGGUCAAACUUUUGGCAUCCUUGGCCUGGGUCGAAUCGGGACCGCUGCCGCACUCCGUGCAAAGGCAUUCGGGUUUCGCGUGCUCUUCUACGAUCCAUAUCUACCGAAUGGUGUGGACAGGAGUCUUGGUAUCGAGCGGACCAAGAGCAUUGAAGACCUCUUCCGUCGGAGCAAUGUUCUGAGUUUACAUUGUCCUUGCACCCGUGAAACGCGGAAUAUGGUCGACUAUGAUCUCCUCUCGCUUGUACCGCACGGCGCUAUACUCAUAAACACCGCGAGAGGGGAAAUCGUCUCUUUGGAUGCUGUCAUGCGCUGCCUAGAGGAGGACCGCCUUUCUGGAGCAGGGCUUGAUGUCUUACCAGAAGAGCCAAUCCCCGAGGAUCAGGUUCAUCCUCUAAUUCAAGCUUAUCGAAGACAAGAGUCGUGGCUGCGAGGCCGUUUCGUACUAACGUGUCAUUCGGCGUUCUAUAGUCCCGAAAGUUAUGAAGACAUCCGAGUCAAGAGUUGUCAAACGAUGCGAGAGGUACUAAUCGAUGGUCUCAGUGUCAAUGUUAUCCCUCCGGAAGCAGAGUAGCAAAAGAGUGGUGUGGUGGAUAAGCAGACUCCUGGCUGAUUGGGCUUUGGUUUGUAAGAUGACUCCCCGCUAUUCAUAACUACAAUGCUGCGAAUGAGAAUACUAUACUCCACAAGUGCGAAGGAGUACCGCGCGUUGGAGUCCAGUUUCAGUACUGUAUCGAUUUCUCUUUGACUUGGGACGGAAAACAGGAGACAAAUGUGAGAGUCGGAUGGCUCAGAGAGCCCCGUACACGAUCAUAUCUUCGUAUCUGGAAAUGGAACUCUUCGAAAUCCGCAAACAUCCCUCGGAUGGCUACGACAGAAGAGUUCGGUCUUUUUGUGUUGCCCAGUAUUUGCCGACAGUUGGUGGGAUAUGAAAUGCACGGACCAACGAAACGCCAGUUUUGCUACCAUGGUGAUCGACCAAGGAAUACACACAUUUAUUUAAG